GAAUAAAUUAGAGGAACUCAUGGAGGGGUUUACAGAUACGGCUUAUGUAAGCCAAACAAAACCCUUUGUCACUUACUACCAAACACCACCAACCGCCCCAGAAACACGCAUACACAAAUUACAUAAAAAAAUAACGGAACUUAACAAUAAAAUGGCAAUGAAUCCACAACUGUCCGAUCUAAGUAUUGUGAUAACACAGUUAAACUCAGAGCUACAGGAGGAGUUAAAGCUACAAACAGAAAAAUGGCAAUUGAGAUCGAAUAUUAAAUGGCUAGAAGCAGGGGAAAAACUAGAAAUACUGCAGUAUAUAAAGGAACAAUUCGCGAUACUAUACCGAGCAGAACCGAUAGAUCUAGAAGCAGCAGAGGCUCUUACAGAAGAUCUGCCUUCAGUGUCACAGCAACAAAAUACUGCUCUAAUAAAAGAAAUCAGCCUACAGGAAAUCACAGAGACAAUCGAUAAACUCCCAAAACACAAGACGCCUGGACCAGAUGGCUUAACACACGAAUUUUACAAGACGUUUCGUGACAAAAUUUCCCCACUUCUUCAGAUU